AUGGUCAGCCCAGCCCUCAAACGAAACGCGGACCACCUCUCUACACCGGCCUCAGACACCAAGAAGCCAAAAGGAGGGAGCAUUACAUCUUUCUUUGGUGUUCCAAAGCCCAAGGUGCUAAGCACACAAGCCAAUGGAGUCGCACCAGCUGCUCGUUCGAACUCCUUCAAUAAAGAGAGAUGGGUAUCGUCUCUCACUGCGGAGCAGAAGGACUUACUGCAACUGGAGAUUGAUACAUUGGACGAAAGCUGGCUUGCCCACCUUAAGGAUGAUGUCACCACACCCGAGUUUCUGAACCUGAAGCGAUUUCUGAAGAAGGAGAAGGACUCCAAGGCCAAAGUCUUCCCUCCCAAUGAAGAUGUCUAUUCUUGGUCCCGACUUACCCCACUGCACACUGUUAAAGUAGUAAUCGUGGGCCAGGAUCCAUAUCACAACGAUAACCAAGCUCAUGGGCUGGCAUUCUCUGUGCGACCUCCCACCAGGGCUCCGCCAUCAUUGGUCAACAUUUAUAAAGGGCUCAAGAAAAACUACCCAGACUUUGCUCCACCACCAAACAAUGGUGGUCUGCUUACACCUUGGGCUGAGCGAGGUGUACUGAUGCUCAACACCUGUCUCACAGUUCGUGCCCACCAGGCUCAUAGCCACGCCAACAAGGGGUGGGAGCCUUUCACACAAAAAGUUAUUGACUUAGUUGCCCGAGUACGAACUCAUGGGGUUGUUUUUUUGGCUUGGGGAAAGCCCGCUGGUCUGCGGGUAGCUAAGGUCGACCGCAAGAAACAUUCUGUGCUCCAAUCAGUACACCCGAGUCCCUUGAGUGCACAUGCAGGAUUCUUUGACAAUGGCCAUUUCAAGAAAUGUAACGACUGGCUUGCUUCACGGUAUGGUGAUGAUGAGGUGAUUGAUUGGAGCCUGGUGCCAACAAAGAUUAAGCCGACUGCUCCUUCAAAUAAAGAGAAUUUAUCGACUUUGGGCAAUGUCGCAUCCGUGACAACAAUGGCACCGAAGCCUUUAUGUCCUGAUGAGGACGCCAACGCUACAGCUUGCCCUGCCGAUGAAUUCGACGAUGCAGAUGCUCUUGAAGCCUUAGCAGCAAUCGAGGAAGAAGAAGAAGAAAAAGAAAAAUCUGCCAAGCUUGUUUGA